ACCUUGUUUAAAGUCUGUGUCUGAUGUCUCCUGUUUCUAGUUCCUUGUUCUCGACAUGAUGAUCCAUCUAUUUUUGGUUCUGCUCUGGGGUGCCACAGUGAUUUCUGGCCUCCUUGCGGCGCCAUCUUUGCCGGCAAUCACUUGUGACAAGGAAAGCCUUCCGGUGGCUGCGAGCCUCGGUGUGCGACACAUCAAUAGGAAGCACAAGCAUGGAUUCAAGUUCCAGCUGCAAGAAAUCCAGAGCAGCAAAUAUCAACAGGUAUCAGGAGGUUGCCACAUAGAUGUGAACGUGAAGAUGGUGCAGACCAAAUGUCACUUCACCAACCCCAAACCUGACGACCAAUGUGAGCUGUGGCAACUGAAUGAGCGGGGUGCUGUUGCCACCUGCAGCAUUGAAUUUUGGCUGAUGUGGGGCGUGGCCAAAAUCAUCCAGCACGAAUGCACCACCAGACCAGAACUUACCAACGAGGAAUUGGUGACAGUUUGUCCCACUUGCCCCAAGUUGUUGCCUCUGGAUGACCCGACAGCUGUGAAGGCUGUUAACAAUGCUGUGGCAAAGUUCAACUGGAAGAGCAAACAGGAGAAUUACUUCACCCUCAUGGAAGUGGCUCACGUGACGAUGGAGUCUGUUGAAACAAUCGGCCCGAUUACCUCGCUCAAGUUUGCCCUGGUUGAGACGGCAUGUCCCAGAGAAGCCAGGAACAUUUUUAUGGGUUGUGCGCCUCGUUGUCCAGACAUAGCUCAUCAUGCCUUUUGUCAAACCACCUAUUACAACCUGCACAAACAAGUGGGAGAACUUGCGUGUGAAUUGUAUCCCCCAAAAAAUCCAAGCAUCUAUCACACUGAUGUACCAGGUCCUGUUUGCAGCCCGUUGUUUCACGAAAGCCCAGAAGCUUGUAUUUGCAAGGCCCGGCUGAACAAUCCCAAUCAUGCUAUUCACCACAUUUGUCCAUUCCCACUUAAGUGAUGUCAUUUUGGAAUAAAGUACUUUCCUGCCA